CAAACAUUUUCGGACCAGAAUUUCUGUAUUACACAUAUCUUGAACUGUUCAAAAUUCAAGUUUCGAGAAUGAACUGUAAAUUGCGUCGUUUGGAUAUGCUGCGCUCGGGUCAGCUGUCCGACUGCGAGGUGUGCGUCUGGUAUUCGGACGGGAGCAGGCGUUGCCACCGAGUGUUUAGAUGCCACGAGAUCCUGCUUGUGUCCGCCUCGGCGGAGUUUGGGCGGCUGUGCAGGUCGCCGUGCUUUGAGAGUAACAAUCGAGUAAUCGACUUAGAUGAUGCCUCGCCGGAGGCGUACGAGGCGCUCAUUCGGUACAUCUACACUUACGAGGUGUGCAACGCCAUCAACCUGGAGAUUUGCGGCGAACUGAUGCGGCUGGCCAUGAAGCACAGGAUGUACGACUUCAUCGACUGCUACCUCACCAAGCUGUCCGCCCAGGAGUGGCCCAUGGAAGUGGUGCUGCAGAUUUUCCAUUUGGCCAAUCAACACAACAGUCCCAUCAUAAUGGAACUGGUGGCAAAUAAAAUCCUCCCCAUUGUCACCAAAGUAUUGAACGAAAAUUCAUUCCUUCGCCUGAACGUUCGCGAGCUGAAGGCUCUGAUGAUCAUCUUGAAGGAAGAGGAGAUCCUGCCCGACAAGCAGCUGCUAGAGGCCCUCAAGAAGUACCAAGUGGCCAACAACCUGCGCUACUGUGACAUGGAGCGCUUCCAGCAGUUCGUUGAGGUGGCCCGAAUCUUUGACGACAUUUAUUUCGCAGUGGAUGGCUCUCUCUCAAUUCGAAAAGGUACGAACGAAACGGACCCGGAUUGUACCUGUGCAGCCGUGCAGAAAUCACCCAGCCAUCUGCUCGGCUCUGGCUCCAACAAGCUGGACGCUGCCGGCUGCUCGCAGCAGGAGGUUACACAGGAUAACGAUCCCAUGGCCAGUUGUUCCAAACAAUCAAAUCAUUCGAUUUGUCCUAAAGUCUUGCUGAAGCAAAAGAGCAACUUGGAUUGUGGCUGUGGAGUCGUGCAAGAGAAGAACAAUCCAAUGGCAAGUUCUUCCAAGCAAUUGAAUUAUUCGAGCUGUUGUGAAGACGUGGUGCAGCAUAAAAACUACUUGGUUUGUGGCAGUGAAGUCUUGCACAAGGUGGAUAGCUGCCCUGUAGUCGUGGUGCAGCAGCAUAACGAUCCCGUAGCCAGUUCAUCCACGCAAUCGAACCUUUCAAAAGGCUCUCGAGGCAUACUGAAACAAGAUGCCGACUUGGAUUGUGUCUGUGCAAUCGAGAAUAAGGCAGACAGCAGCUGUGUGGCCGUGCCGAAGCAGAACGACUUGGAUUGUGGUUGUGGAGUCGAGCAGAAGACAGAGAACAGCUGUGCAGUUGUGGCCAAGCAGCUGAACGAUCCUAUGGCCAGUUUCUACAAGCAAUCGAAUCCAUCAAACUCUUCUCAAGUUGUGUGGCGGCAAGAUACCAACAUGGAUUGUGGCUGUGGAGUUGUGCAGAAGGCAAAAAACCUGCCUAUAGUCGCGGUGAAGCAGGAGAAUCCUACAGCCAAUUCUUUCAAGCAAUCGAAGUGCAGCUCUAAAGUCGUCUUGAAGCAAGACAUCAACCUGGCUUGUGGUGGUGGCGCCUCUCGCAAGGCAGAGAACAGCUCUAUAGUUGUGGUGAAGCAACAUAAACUGGCUGGAGCUUAUGGUUGUGGAGUCAGUUCCUCAAUUCAGCAUCAAACGAGUCAUUCCAAGAGCCGUUCUCGAGUUGGGAGAUCAACCAGCGCUGGCUGCGGUUGCGGCGUGGAUACCCAGAAGUCGAAGACGAAGUCCAGCAAGAACUAAUGCCGGUAGUUCCAAGCUUAGACGUGGGUACGUCAGUUCUUUAUUGAGAUUUUGAAUAUAUAUUUAGGAAAUCAAAAUGAUCGCUUUACGAUUCGCUUAAACAUUUAAAUACUACUUUAUAAUAUUACAUAAUAUACUUAAUACCCGAAAACGUGCGCCA